AUGGCGCUGGUGCUCGGACGCGCCGUGGGAAACUGCAACUGCACCGACUGUGGUGGAACGAACAAUGUGGCCCACUGCUUCUGGGAUCUCAACGUACGCGCUGCUGAAGUGAGCGCGGACGAAGAGGACGAUGGGGACGCCACCGAGGUCUACAUGUCCGCCAUGGAGCAGCUCACCGACGAAGACACCAACCUCAGCUCCCUGCCCAGCCCCAACACCCCUGCGCCCCGCCGUAGCUCCGUGUCCAAAAAGGACCGCAUCCGCCAGUCCCUGCGCGGAUUUGUCCGAGGCAAAUCCAAUCGUGUCGAAGCCAAAGACGCUCCCGACAAACUCCAAUCCCCGGCCUCUGCGCCCGCAACAGACGCGCCCAUCGUGCUCCCAGCCCCGGUGGCUGGCCCCAAUGCACUCCCCAGCAACCAACGCCGGAGCGAAGCCGACAAACGCAAACACUACCGCAAACGCCGGUCCAGCGUCAACUCGGCCGUUGGUGACUAUGAAGACGCCCCAUCCACCGCCGCCCCCGCCUCACCACGUCGUAACACCCACAACAACAACGACCAUGGCCAUGCCCAUCACCACAACCAUGCCAGCCUAGACAGUGGCAACGGAACCUCGCAAACUGCCGUGCAACAGGUUAAAUACUUGCCCGAAACCGGCGAGCAGCUCGAGAAAGGCACUUUGCUGCGCCUUGUGGCCGACGCGGAGGCCAACAGCAACUCUGGCCACUUUGUCAACCGCACCUUCCGCCUCCAGUACCAAGAUGGCGCUUACAAGAUGCAGCUGGGAUAUCGCCUACUCGUUUCCAUCGAACUGUUGAGUGAGCGAGAUCGGCAGCAGCAACAGCAUGGGAGCACCACCGAUCCGACCCCGCUGAGCGUGUGUCUGGGUACCCGUCUUCUUGUCAAGAUGAACAAGGAUCAGGACCCCUUGAUCAAGGUGUGCGCGCAGGCUCUUUUCUGCCUUGUACCGCUUUCGUUCACGCGCGAGCAUACGUCCUUGGCCGAUGCUGCGUUCGCACGCGCCCAGGUAUCUCGUGAAUCGCUCACGGCAAGUGUCUUGUUGCAGGUGGCCCAUGUCUCGAUCCUACUGCGUCAUCUGAAGGAAGCUUUUGAGAGUCGGGCGCUGUGGAAGUUGGAGGAGUCGGUGCCGUUGUUGCGCCACUUGGCGUUGCAUUCUGUUUUACACCAUUUCGGCUUUGAGGACGGCCUGUCCGACAAGUCCCACCUCCACGCGUGGGACUCUCUUCUUGCUACCUUUGACCCGCAGUACAUGAGUGCCAUGAUUCAGCUUCGCCGCCUGGCCCAGUUCAUCCACGACCCACCCGUGACCCGCGUCAGCCGCAGCGGCUCCGUGCGCUCGGUCACUUCAGCCCUUUCCCAGGACGCCCUUCGUGACGACCUUGCCUCCCGUGGCAACUUGUCCUCGGCUUCGGAUGAACGCCGUAGUGGCCGUUCCAUCUCGACCAGCAGCUUCCAUGAUUAG